CGAUGGGGAGGGAAACAGAGAUAGAGCAUGCAAGAUGUGUAUAGAGCAAAACGCGUUGCGUGCGACGGGCAUACCGAUCGGACAUGUAUAAGCUAUUCAUCUAGUGAAUAUUUUUCACGCGUAGCAUGUACGAAAGCAUAAGAAGGGAACUGUGUACAUUCGACGACGACGACGACGACGCCGCCACGAGUCGACGGAAGCCUCGGCCACGGACAUCUUGCUUUAUUCAGAUAAACUUAUUGCGAGGAAACAAAAGGGAUGCAACGUGUGUUAACAAACAUUGUGCUUCGACGAUGCAACGACAUCGCCGUUCGAUAUCCGCGAAAUAUCGCAGGCACGCGUCGUCGCUACUCAACGAAACCCGAAUUAACAUCGAUCAGAUAUAAGAUGCAACGUGGGCCCUACAAUACGAUCUCGAGCGCAGAUAUUAGUUUUUUUGAAUCAUUGAUGGGCUCAAAUCGUGUAAUCACGGAUCCAGAUGAAUGCGAGAGUUACAAUAUCGAUUUUCCCAGGACUGUCAGAGGUGCCAGUCGAUGCGUGCUAAAACCGAAAUCUACGGAGGAAGUGUCAGCUAUAUUAAAAUAUUGCAACGACAAGCGAUUAGCGCUUGUCCCACAGAGCGGAAACACUGGUCUUGUUGGAGGUAGCAAUCCCGUCUUUGACGAGAUUGUGGUCUCCAUGAAAUUCAUGAAUAAGAUUCUGGUUACGAAUGAAUUGGCGGGUGUACUGACAUGCGAAGCUGGCUGCGUUUUACAGGAUUUGGAGAAUCACUUGGCCACGGUCGGGAUGAUGAUGCCUUUGGAUCUUGGAGCGAAAGGCAGCUGCUUGAUUGGUGGUUGCGUCUCAACUAAUGCGGGAGGAUUGCGACUGCUACGUUAUGGUAAUCUUCAUGGCAACAUUUUGGGAUUGGAAGCAGUAAAAGCAAACGGUGACGUCGUAGAUGCAUUGAAUACGCUAAAGAAGAACAAUACCGGUUAUCACCUCAAACAUCUGUUUAUUGGUUCUGAAGGAACAUUGGGAAUUGUGACAAAAGUAGCUGUACAGUGUCCACCUUUGCCAAAGGCUGUACACCUCGCAUUUCUAGGAUUGGCAAGUUUUGAUAAAGUAUUGAAAACAUACCAUUUGGCGAAACGUGAAUUAGGCGAGAUUCUAUCUUCCUGCGAAAUGAUGGAUCGACUAUCUAUGGACGUCUCCAUUAACAAUUUGGGCAUGAAAAAUCCUUUGACAAGCCAUGAAAACGGUCACGAGUUCUACAUGCUUAUCGAAACUUCCGGUAGUCAUUUAACCCAUGAUGAGGAGAAACUCUCCCUUUUCGUGGAGCAGGCAAUAAAUAAUGACAUUAUCGAAGAUGGCACUUUGACUAACGAAACGACAAAAGUUAAUAAUAUAUGGGCACUUAGGGAAAGAAUCAGCGAGGGCGUUCUGCGUGAUGGUUACGUCUUCAAGUAUGACAUUUCCUUACCUUUAACAUCGUUUUAUAAAGUCGUCGAGGUGCUUCGAGAGCGGAUACACGAUCCUCGUAUCAUUAGGAUCAGUGGUUAUGGCCAUUUAGGCGAUGGAAAUAUCCAUGUACAAGUCUCUAUACCAGAGUAUUAUGUGGAUGUGGCUGCACAAUUGGAGCCAUUUAUCUUUGAGUACGUAUCACAAUGUCAGGGUAGCAUCAGCGCCGAACACGGCAUUGGUUUCAAAAAGACUAAAUAUCUUCACCUGAGCAAAACCUCGUCUGAGAUCGCAAUGAUGUAUGAUUUGAAAAAACUAAUGGAUCCGAACGGCAUUUUGAAUCCAUAUAAAAUUGUAAUGCCUGUUAUGGCGGAAUUAAAAUCCUAAAAAUAAUCUCUAACAAACAAAAAUGAUGUAAAUUCAAUGUGCCAUUUAGGUAAAAUACAUUUAAUGUAAAUGGAGCAAAGCUCUGUGUGAAUUAUCUAUGUAAUUAUUUUUAUAGAAAAUCUCUACCUUGAGGGAUUUUUUAAAAUAUUGAAACAUUGUCACAUUGUGUAGAGAUGUUAAUAUAAUAGAUAUAUAUUCAAUUACAUAUAUGUUGUGGACAUAGCAAGUAAUGUUCGGUAAAGAUUUUUUUGGCUAAUCUCCAUUCGCUAAUAAAAGCAAGCGUAGCAUUUCAAUGACUAAUUAAGUCUAUCUCAAAAUAGACAUGCAGCACAAGUGGCAGCAGAUAUGAGACAUAUCGAAACAUGUCUUGACAAAUGGAAAAUGCUAAACAUAUAUCAUGUUUUUACAGUUGUAUAAUUUAUUUAGUAUGAUGUAUAUAUGAUUUUUUAUAUUUAAUCUCCAAUAAAGAGAUUUUAUAUUUUU